AUGGUUAGAGAGCAAAGGGUAGAGUCUUUUUACACCCGCCUCCGAGAAUCUGUUUCAGCUUCCUCUCUCUCUCCUCUGCUUAUAUUUCCUUCAACUUCUGAUGCAGAUUCCCUCUGUGCUCUUAAAAUCACUUUCCACAUUCUUGAAUCUGAUUCCGUCCGUUACGCUUGUUAUCCUGUUUCUUCCUUCCAAGAAAUCCACAAAUACGCGGGCCCUGAUUUGACUUCACCAUCUAACCAACCCAUUUCUAUCCUCUUAGUGAAUUGGGGUUGUCAGCGUGACCUGAGGCGGUUACUCGAUUUAGGCCCUGCUGCACGUGUUUUUGUGAUCGAUAGUCACCGCCCGAUCCAUUUGCAUAACUUGCAUGAGCAGAAUGAGAGUGUUAUUGUUCUUUAUACGGGCGACGACGAGCAACAAGCUGAUUUGGCAUAUGAUUUUAAAGUUUCGGAGUUGGCUAAUGCGACUGAGUUGAAUAGUGAUGACGAAGGGGAAGAAAAUUCUGACAGUGAAGACGAUGAAGAUAGUGAAAGUGAGGGAGAUGAUGAUGGCCGUGAUGAUGGGUCAAGGAAGCGGAGGAGGGUUUCUAAUGAGGAUGAAGCUGACCCAGUUCAGCUUUUUAGGAAACUGAAGAGAGAGUAUUAUCGUAGGGGUACUUUCCAUGGAAAGCCCUCAGGGUGUUUGAUGUAUGAUUUAUCGCAUUCAUUGAGGAAGAACACGAAUGAGCUGCUUUGGUUGGCUUGUGUUUCGCUGACUGAUCAGUUUGUUCAUGAGAGGUUGACGGAUGAGAGGUAUCAAGCUGGGGUUAUGGAGCUUGAGCAACACAUUAAUAGUUCUGGGAAUUUGGAGGCAGUUACUGUGGUGACCCUCAAAGAUGGAACAAAGAUUCGAGCGCCUGAGUCCUCAAGGAUUGCCUACGAAGAUGAACCUAGACUUAUGUUGUUGAGGGAGUGGAAUUUGUUUGAUUCAAUGCUGUGUUCUUCGUAUAUUGCUACAAAAUUGAAGACAUGGAGCGACAAUGGAAUGAAGAAGCUUAAGCUUCUUCUUGCUAGAAUGGGAUUUGCCCUUGUGGAUUGCCAACAAAAGUUUCAGUACAUGAAUCUUGAAGUGAAGCGAAAGAUGAAAGAUGAGUUUGAACGAUUUUUACCUGAAUAUGGGCUUUCUGAUUUUUACUACAGGAGCUUUCUAAGGCUACAUGGUUACAGCUCCAGGGUGUCUGCAGCAGAUGUUGUGUAUGGUGUCACUGCUUUGCUCGAGUCAUUUGUGAGUUCUGGUGGGGCUUGUGCUUCUAAGCAGUUUGGGGUAGCUUAUGACGCUCUGUCCUUGAACAAUCUGGACAAGUUGAAAGCUGGAAUGCAACAAGCGAUCAAGGUCCAGAGGGCAAUUCUUAGACAAGGAAGUGCAGCAAUAACCAAGAGUGGUUCUAUCAGAAGUGGAAGAAAGUUCAGGUGGGUGAAGCUUGAGGAUUCAGUGGAUACAAUACUGUUAGGAUACCCCCAGGCUUUGACUAAAUUCUGCUAUUUUCUGAUGGAUGCUUUGAGAGAGAAAGGUGCUAGGGCAAAGCCUUUGCUUUGUGCCUGCUUGUCACAAGAGCCAAACAAGAUGCUGAUUGUUGGGGUUUGUGGAAAGCCUCGUCUUGGGGCAGUUCAAGGAAAUGCAUUUGGGAUUGCAUUCAGAAAUGCAGCUGAAGAGACUGGAGCUGAGUUCUUUCAUGAGCUGUUCGAAUCUUCAUGGAUUGUUUUGGAAAAAGGCGCAGUUAAUAAUUUUAUGAUCAGAUUAACUGAGAAACUGUGA